CCAGGACGGGCUCCUUAGCUUUCUUUUGUUUAGCUAAGAUAGCGGCUAUCCAUAAGGAGAUGUGAGGAGUUGCGAUCCUGCACCAGGGAGCAUCCGGUGCCCUGUGAAACUGAGUUGACACCAGCAUGCUUGUGCCGUAGUGGGGCAGCGUUGGCACAGAGGGCGAUGGUAUCGACCAGGCGUUACAUUUAGUUCCUCUGCUCCGCAUUUGUGAAGCUCUCGUCAGUGGAGUGAAAAAAAGAGAGAAGAAAGGGGGCAAAAAGAGACCAUGUUCAGGCAACAGGAUAUGGGGAAACGGCGCGGGGCGAGCUCUCAGCCUGUUACACGAGUGCGUGGGGUGGAGGUGGCGCGAGGCCGCACGGGCUAUGGCUUCACACUGUCGGGCCAGUCACCUUGUGUGCUCAACUGCGUCCUGAAAGGCAGCCCUGCAGACUAUAUGGGCUUGCGUGCUGGAGACCAAAUCCUCAGUGUCAAUGACAUCAACGUUUCUAAGGCCUCACAUGAGGACGUGGUGAAGCUCAUUGGCCGGUGCACUGGAGUCCUGCACCUGGUAGUGGCAGAGACCCACCAGCGCCACCACCACCACCAUCACAAUCACUCUCAUGCACAUCACCCUCACUAUCACCACCAGCAUGUUGACUCUUGCUCCAGUGACGAGGAGCUUGCUUACCAAGACCCCAGGGGUGCUUGGACCACACGGCCUAAGGUGGACUCGAAGACUCUGGGGAUCAACCGGGCGGAGCGCGUGGUGGCGGAGAUGCAGUCAGGGGGCAUUUUCAGCAUGAUCUUCGAGGGCGCCUGCUCGAGCCACUCGUCCAGCAGCUCGGAGAGAGCGGCAGCCGUUUCGUCCUCGGCCGCCAAGCCCAAAGGCAAACCCCGUCACCCUCUGUCCGAGUCGGACGCCUUCCCCUACCCCAGUACCCGCAGGCACCGCAGCCAGCCGGACUUGCUGUCUGAGGAUGAGCUGGCCAAGGUGCUGCAGGCCGACGACUCUGUCUUCCUGGACGUGUUCGAGGUGGAGCCGCCAGCCCCCGCGAUCCUUCCCGACUCACCCGCCGGUGGUGGGGACGGAGACGGCAUCCUGAACGUGGGCAUGGUGGUGGGCUACCUGGGCUCCAUCGAGCUGGCGUCGGCCGGCGGCAGCCUGGAGAGUGACAGCCUGCAGGCUAUCCGCGGCUGCAUGCGGCGCCUGCGCGCCGAGCAGAAGGUGCACUCGCUGGUGCUGCUGCAGGUCAUGCUGGACUGUGUGCGCCUGCGCAGCGAGCGUGGCCACGUGCUGGCCACCUACCCGGCCGAGAAGCUGGCCUUCAGCGCCGUGUGCCCUGACGACCGGCGCUUCUUCGGCCUGGUCACCAUGCAGGCCACGGAGGAGUAUCGACGGCGCGAGGAGGCGGACGAGGCCGAGCUGCGCACCUCCUGCCACGUGUUCCUGGUGGACCCCGAGCUGUGCCACCACAAGGUCCACCAGAGCGUCGCCCGGCGCUUUGGCUUCGACUGCACGCCCGACCCGGACACGGGCGGCUGCCUGGAGUUUCCCCCCACCUCCCAGCCUUUGCUUCAGUUUGUGUCGGUGCUCUACCGCGACAUGGGCGAGUCCAUCGAGGGCGUGCGCGCGCGGGCCUUCCUGGACAACGGCGCCGGUGGGGCUGCGGCCGCCGCUAAUGCGGCCGCUGCUGCCGCCGCCGCGGCGGGCGACAUGGACGCGCAGCAGAACAACAGCACCAGCAGCAACAGCGACAGCGGCAUCGGCAACUUCCUGCCCGAGGAGAAGAGCAACCGUGUGCUGCUGGUGGACCUGGGGGGCAACGCCCCUGGCCGACACGCCCCCUCCGGGCCCUGGGAGUUCCCCCAGCCAGCACGCGGCCCUCCCCCGCCCCCGCCCCCCGCCGCUCACAGGAACGGCUACCGGCACGAGCCCCUGUCAGACCUCGCUGACGCGCCGCCCCUCUCCACCAGACACCUCAGCGUCUCGUCCAGGAUGGAGCUCCAGGGCCAUCCCUCCCGCUCGCACUACUCCAAGAAAGCAGCGGCCGGAGCAGCAGGGGCUGCAGCGGCAGGAGCAGCAGGAACAGCAGGAGGAGGAGGAGGAGGAGGAGGAGGAGGUGGUGGUGGGAGCGGUGGUGGUUCUGGGGCAUCGGGGAGCCAGCGCUGGCUGCCGGUGCACGUCCUGCGGGACUGGAGACAGCAGCACGGUCACAGCAGCGACCAGGAGUCGUACGCCGAGUCCACCGACGGCUGGUCCAGCGCCAACUGCAGCACUCUGCCGCCUCCCAUGAACAAGAUUCCGGCCGACCGCUACCGGGCGCCCGGGGAGAUAGUGGCCGCCGCCACCGCGCAGCCCCACCGGCUGACCACGCAGAAGGACGAGUGGGCCAAGAAGCUGUUCGGCACAGACAAGGGGCUCCGCGAACACCAGAACGGAGCCAGGGGCAAAGACGGAGCGGAGAAGAAGGGCGGAAGGUUCCGGGGCUUGUCCCUAGGGUUCCCCCCUCUGCCCCAGCGUUCAGGAGGCCGUCGCUCGUUCGGCCGCUCCAAACGCCUCAGUCUGGCCCGCUCCCUGGAUGACCUAGAGUCUGCAGCGGUCUCCGAUGGCGAGCUGAACAGUGUGGAUCUGAAGGGCUGUGGCAGUGACAACAGCCUGAACAGCAACGCCAGUCUGCCCAGCGUGCAGUGCCACCGCCGGCACACCGAGCGCCGGGUGGCAUCAUGGGCCGUGUGCUUCGAACGCCUGCUGCAGGACCCUGUGGGCGUCCGCUACUUCUCGGAAUUCCUGAAGAAGGAGUUCAGCGAGGAAAACAUCCUGUUCUGGCAGGCCUGUGAGUUUUUCAGCCAUGUUCCAGAGACGGAUAAAAAGCAGCUCUCCCAAAGGGCCCGUGAGAUCUACAACAGCUUCUUGUCCAGCAAAGCCACCACGCCGGUCAACAUUGACAGCCAGGCACAGCUGGCCGACGAUAUCCUCAAUGCGCCCCGGCCCGACAUGUUCAAGGAGCAGCAGCUCCAGAUUUUCAACCUGAUGAAGUUUGACAGCUACACGCGCUUCCUGAAGUCGUUCCUGUACCAGGAGUGCAUGCUGGCCGAGGUGGAGGGCCGUCCACUGCCUGACCCCAACCAGAUCCCCAGCAGCCCCACCUCCAAACACAGCACCAGCUCCGACCGCUCCAACUUAUCCACGCCCAAGAAGGACGACAAGAAGAACAAAUCGGGGCGAUCCCUGAACGACGACAGCAAGGACGAGCAGUGUGACAAAAAGAAAGGGAUCUUCUUCUCCUGGUCCCGCAACAGGAGCUUUGGAAAAGGCCCCAAGAAAAGAGACCUGUGUGACUACAGUUUUACGGGCAGCAAUGGCCGACGCGAGUCCCAGGGCUCCCUGUCCUCAGGGACUAGUCUGGAGUUGGGCACCUCCGGCUCGGGCAAGAAUGAGGGUGACACGUCCCGGAACUCCAUGUCUCUGAUGGAGCGCGCUGUGAGACACUGUAGCAUCAACCUUCCGGAUGGUUCUUGCUGUUCGGUUCCCAUCAGGCCCGGGGUGUCCAUCCGUGAGCUGCUGCAGGGCCUGUGUGAGAAGCUGUCCAUCAACCUUGCCGCCGUAGACCUCUUCCUGGUGGGAGGAGAGAAGCCUCUUGUGCUUGACCAGGACUGCAUGACGUUGUGUUCACGAGACCUGCGACUAGAGAAACGCACUUUGUUCAGAUUGGACCUGGUGCCAAUCAAUCGAUCCGUUGGGCUGAAGGCGAAACCCACCAAACCCGUCACAGAGGUUCUACGGCCCGUUGUGGCCAAAUAUGGACUCCACUUAGGGGACCUUGUGGCCAGAAUAAGUGGAGAGAAAGAGGCCCUUGAUUUAGGUCUGCCCAUAUCAAAUCUGGAUGGGUUAAGAGUGGUACUAGAUGUAGCUGACAAUGCCACAGGAAAGGUAGUGACCGACAAGCAGAAGUUGACCACCUCCAAGAGCCACGGCCCGCCGCUGAGUGCCAGGAGCCAGUCUGCAACAGGGGACGAGAAGGCAUCAGGGAAGGCCUCGUCUGUCAAAACCCAGCUGCAAGUGGAAAAAAGGCGGCAGAAAAAGAUUAAUAUAGACGAAGCAGAAGAGUUCUUCGAGCUCAUAUCCAAAGCUCAGGGCAAGCGAGCGGACGACCAGCGAGGUCUGCUAGACAAAAGUGACCUGGUGCUGCCCGACUUCCUGCGCCUGAACGACCAGAACGACGACGACUACGACGGCGGCUACUCUGACGGCCAUCGCGGCUGCAACCAACACCACGGCAACCACCUUCGCAAGCCCCUCCUGUGCUCCACGCCCGCCGCCGACCGCGUCCGGGGCCACGAGAACGGCUCGGCCCUGAGUGCCAGCCACCAGACGCAGAGCCUGGACUCGGGCGUGACUGGUGGCGGUGGUGGGGGUCGGGGGCCUGGCCGUCGCGCCCUCAUGCCCCCGUCCGGCCCGCGCCACCGUCUGCCCCGUGCCCCUGGCCCCGGACCCUCAGCCUUCUCCCCGGUGGGGCCCUCGUCCUCGGCGGACUGGCCAGGCUCGGAGCAGGGCGGCGUGGGGCGCGCCCUGGAGGACGAGGAGAGCAUGGCGGACCUGACGCUGGUGGGCGAGGGCGACAUCAGCAGCCCCAACAGCAGCCUGCUGCCCCCGCACGCCGCCAUGGCCGACGACCCCCCUCGCCAUGGCAACGGCCCCUCUGCGUCCGCUUCGGCCACCGCUGGCCAGGGACGUGCUGGAUCAGGCAAAGACAGGAGACUGCAGGAGGAGCGCUCCAGGGGUUAUAAGCCCUCCCAACACAAGAGGGUGCCAUCAGUACCACCACCACCAGCAGGAGCAGCUCCUCCACCCCCACCCAGGGCUCGGUCCCGCGAGCGACCCAGGAAGAUCUCCUCGUCUGCGGGCCGCGCACUGGACGUGGAUCGUGUCCACUCAGAGCCCAGGGGCAGGAGGCCCAGGGACGCUGGGCUGGGCCCCGGGAUGGACAGGGUGGUGGGGGACCUGCAGAGCCGCAGGGGCCGCAUGAGGACUGGGGUGUACCAGACCUCCAACCUGCCCUCCCUGCUGCCAGUCAGAGCCCAGCAGGACAGCCAGGCGGACAAGGGCAAGCCCAAGGCCACCUUCGUCUAGCGGCCACCAAGGACAAGGGCGAAAACAACAACCUACAGCAGCCACAAUACGCAUCUGUUUGUCUGGUGCCUUGUGGAUGAUGUACUUAUUCACUAUGGUUAAUGCAAAGACUUUAACAAACUCUUUAACUCACUUUGUGAGUUAUUAUGAAGGGGGUGUUGCCACCAAAUGGAGACCUGUCAAGCAUGGGCAUUUGCACAUCAUACAAAAUAUUUUGUAAAAAGGUUUUAAUUCACAAUGUACACUAGUACUCUUUGAUACAGUUUAAAUUAUUUUUUUCAUUAACAGAAAAUAAUUUUGUCGAUUUAGUAGUGUUGGGUGUUACUUCUAAGGAUACUGCAAAGUGAAGUCAUGGAUUAGGGCACAAAGGAAACAACAUGCUGAACAUUAUUUACAAAUUAAACAUUGUAAGAUGGGUGCAAAUUGUACUUGAGCAGUUAACAAACUUGGUUGAGAGCCUCCUGUUCUCUCUGAAUGUUAAUAGUGAUGGUUCAGCAUGGGCUCUGUUGUACUGACCAUCUGGACUAGAAACUGAUUCUCACUGGCCAGAUGCUCUCCAGUGAAGAACAGACAGUAGAUCAGUAAUAUGGAGAUUUGUGAGGUUGGAAGAAAA